AUGGCGGUGAAAACCCCGAGCCUCCGGGCAAGAGGUCCCCGGGGAAAUCCAGCUCGAUCGAUGCCUAAAAGCGUCUCCUUUGCCGUCGUCGAAAUGGCACCGAAAUUGAAGAAAAAAGGGCAUUCGGGGCGAGAGCAAAAAAAGCAACAUCCGCCCCCGCAACCGCCCCCGCCGCCCCCGCCGCCGCAGCCGGCCAAACCGCAGCAGGUCAUCCAGCAUCACCCGUCGCCGCGGCACCAUAAGCCUGAUCCCUACUCGACCGGUCACUUGAGGGAAGCCCCUUCCCCUCUCAUGAUGCAUUCCCCACAGAUGCCGCAGUUCCAGGGUUUGGUCCACCAGUCGCCACCUCAACAAACUAUCCAGCCAAAAAAACAGGAGAUGAGAGCCGCCUCCGUCGUCCAAUCUCAACCCAUGGUGGUGAAGGAGGACAAGAUGCAUUCGCCCGUCAUCCGUAACGAGACCUUCAGUCCCCCGUUGCGGCAAGAUCCGCCGAAACACCCGGAGAGCAUCAAACCGCCCGCGCACAUCCCGCAACGGACGGAGAUGAAACCCAUGGAGGGGGGACGACCCGUCAUCAGACCCCCAGAGCAAAACCCCCCGCCGCCGGGUGUGCAGGAGAAAGAUCGGCAGAAACAGGAGCCGAAAACACCCGUCGCCCCCAAAAAGGACCUGAAAAUCAAGAACAUGGGGUCCUGGGCGAGCUUGGUCCAGAAACAUCCCACCACUCCGUCCUCCACGGCGAAGUCCUCCAGCGACAGCUUCGAGCAGUUCAAGAGGGCGGCGCGGGAGAAGGAGGAGCGGGAGAAGGCGCUGAAGGCUCAGGCGGAGCAGGUGGAAAGGGAGAAGGAGCGGCUGAGGCGGGAGCAGGAGAGGAUGAGGAGCCGGGAGGACGAGGACGCCAUGGAGCAGGCGCGCCGGGUGCACGAGGAGGUCUCCCGGCUCCCGGUUUUUUGGCAGGAGGACGAGGACGCCAUGGAGCAGGCGCGCCGGCAGGUGUCGGCGGCGGCGGCGGCGCCCCAAGCCCAGAGCUCGCAGCCCCAAUCCUCCCAAUCCAUGUUGGAUCAGCAGAGGGAGAUGGCCAGGAAGCGGGAGCAGGAGCGGAGGCGCCGGGAAGCGGUGAGUGGGGAACCGGGGCGGCUCCUGCCCUGA